UGCUCUCAGUGCCCCCACCCUCUACCUGAGCCAGACGUCCGCCCAGCCAGGGGUCUCUGUGUGGCUCCAGUGCUCCAUGAUCUCACGUGCCCCAGUCACCCGCGUCAUCUUCUGUAAGGACGGGGAGGAGGUUUUGUCCCAGACGGGUUCGGAGGAGGAGGUCACCUACAACUAUGUCCAUCCAGUGUCCAUGGGUAGCACCGGGAAUUACUCCUGCAGGUACGAGAUCAAGGACAGCAACAACCAGGUGAACAGAUCCCAGCUCAGCCCUGCCCAGCACCUCAGCAUCACUGGCAGCGCGAGCAGCAGCGGAGGAGGGGAGGAGCCGACCCGCACAGCACCUAGUCCCAGCAGCCAGGGGAUCUGCUCAGCUCCAGGUGCUCUCCCUGCCCCUGCCCUCUACCUGAGCCAGACAUCCACCUCGCCGGGGAACUCCGUGCUGCUGCAGUGCUCUGUGAUCUCUCAGGCCCCAGCCACUCACAUCAUCUUCUGUAAAGAUGGGGAGGAGGUUUCGUCCCAGAUGGGCUCGGAGGAGAAGGUCACCUACAGCUGGGACCAUGCAGUAUCCAGGGGUAGCUCCGGGAAUUACUCCUGUGGGUACGAGAUCAAGGACACUGACAACCGGGUGACCAGAUCCCAGCUCAGUCCUGCCCAGCGCCUCAGCAUCACUGGUAAGGGGGGUACACGGCAGAGCGAGUGCAAUCGGUCAUGCAGUGGCAGAGAGAUUGUCCAGAGAUAGAUAGCUGAGCGACAGGGGUGGACCGGCAAAAGUAGGUUGUUAUCCUCCAUGUGCACCAGCCCCUCGAUGGAGACAUGACACCCGCUUUGUUGGUGGGUCACUCAACUGUUCGUGGGAGAACAGUGGGGUGUUGGUUCCCAGUCCUUCUGAGUUCUCUUCCUGAUUCCAGGAGCAGACUCUGGUUCGUAUUAGAGGCAACAUAGCC